AUGCUUUUCACUCGUGCGUCCGCUACUAUCUACACAACUGUCCUGGUUGCUAUAGCCUUGCUUGUAACCAUUCCCUUAAUGACCGAAGCUGCUGACUGUACUGUCGAUUGCGCGCCUAUUAAUGCAAGGAUUGUCUUCUGCGGCAAUGUCAGGGACGGUUUACAGGAUAAUAUGCCUGCAAUCGGCAUUGAUCCUCGACUCGAUGAUUGUCUUUGUACAGAAGAUAACCUCCAGCUCUACACUCGAUGCUUGGCCUGCAAGGAUUUGAACAACGCUGGCAACCUUAAAAAGAAGUUCAUUUCUGACUGUCGGGUGAAUGACCCUAACCGCGACCUUGGCGAUGUUGGGGACAAUACCAAUAAUGCCCCAUCAUAUUCUAGUUCAUCUUCAAACGUUGCCUUGACAUUUGUCUCUGUCGCUAUAGCAAUAGCUCUUGGUCUUUAAAAC